GACAUACAUGUAUCAUGGAAUGCCAUUUCAGGUUUACAUUUUUUAAAAUUACACUAUAUUAACAUGAUCAUCAAGACAACCAACCAGAUGCCCGUUUAAACCAGAGUUGUUUCUUAUUAAUAAUAUCAGAAUCUUUAAAAUCUCUACUUUUGAAAAUGUUUCGAAAGUACUGUAUAUCCCGACAAAAAUGACUGAAAAAUCAUUCUACUUUUAUUUCAACCGUAUUUAAAAGGUAAAACGACGACCUCCUGCGAUGUCUUUUGGUGGAACAUGUCAUAAACCACACCAACGGUAGGUGGCAGCGGUGUCGAACAGAACAGGAAGGAUGCGCUUGAACGCACAGUCCGACCGGAAGUGAUUUUAUUUUGACACUUUUUGUUGACGCUCAGUGACGUAACGCGGCACUCUUAUGAUUUAACACAAAUCACACAUUGUUGUACAAUCUCCUAAAUCAUAACAAGAUGAGUCUGUGUGGACAUAGUGUAUCAUUUCCAGUGUACAGGCUCACACUAGUUAGCCGCCAUGAUGACAUGACGACGAGGGAGAAGAUGCUCGAAGCAGUGAAACGGUAUUGAAGGCGGUGAUGGUUGAGAAGACUCAACAUAGAGCAGGUUGGAGCCAUGAGGGCAGGAAAAAGGACAGCUUGUGGUGAUGGAGGUGGUCUCUUCGAGGACCCGGACUUCCCCCCCGAUGACUCCUCGGUGUUCACUGACGGCUCCACGCCCAUCUCCAGACUGCAAGGCCACAUCGUUUGGCUUCGUCCACAGGAGAUCUGCCAGUCACCAGUUGUAUUCCCCGACAACAUCCGCCUGAGUCAUGCCAAGCAAGGCUUGCUGGGAGACUGUUGGUUUCUGUGUGCUUGCUCCGCGCUGCUCAAGAACAGACACCUUCUGGACAAGGUCUUUCCUCCCCACCAGCCAUUGUGGAGUGACAGCAAGUACAGAGGAUCUUUUCACUUUCGCUUUUGGGAGACGGGACACUGGACGGAGGUGACCAUCGAUGACCGCCUGCCUUGCGUUGAUUCGGCUCUCUGCUUCUCCCGCUGCCACGCCCCCUCUGCCUUCUGGGUGGCUCUGCUGGAGAAGGCCUACGCCAAACACCGCGGCUCAUAUGAGCAGUUGUGGGCCGGGCAGGUGUCUGAGGCCAUCGUGGACCUGACUGGGGGUCUUGCAGAGUGCUGGAGUUUGUCUCACUUUGGUUCAGAGGAGGAGGAGGAGGAGGAGGAGCAUCACCACAAUGGGGCCACGAGAAAAAGGCUUAAACUGGACUUCAUAUGUACAUUGAGAGCGACUUGCGCACUCAGUUGCUCCACUCAAAGCAUCCCAGGAGGAGACGGCGUGCCGGGCCAGCACCACGCCAUGGCUGUGAUGGAGUGGCUGGAUGUGAAGACGCUCACAGGAAGCCCAGUGCGACUCUUCAGGGUCAGAAACCCCUGGGGGAGAUGCUGCUGGGGAGGAGCCUGGACAGAGGGUGGUGCGGGAUGGCGGUCGCUCGAUUCAGCCGAUGCUCUGGACAUCCAAGCCAAAGCGGCACAGGGGGACUUCUGGUUGGAGGAGUCGGAAUUCCUGUCCCACUUUGAUGAUGUCACAGUCGGCUACCCGAUCAAUGAGGAGGGACACCUGCAAAGUAUCUACACUGGAAAUCCGCUGCCACACCGACACCACCUUCCUGGACGCUGGGUAAAGGGCCUCUCCUCCGGUGGGAGUCGAAACAGCAGCAGCUACGGCACCAACCCAAAGUUCUGGCUCAACAUGCGCGAGAACGGCGAGGUCGUCGUCUCUCUGCUGCAACACGGAAAGCCCAGACGACCUUCGGACGCGGCCCUCAAGGGCGACGCGAGGCGCCGGCGCGACCGGGCCAUUGCACUACACAUGUGGAAGGUGGACGAGAAACGUUUGAAUCUGAGCCGUACUUUGAACAAACCGCCGCGUGCUUCUACUCGCUGCCACGCACACCAGAGGGAGGUGGUGCUCCACGAGCGACUGGAGCCCGGACACUACCUCAUGAUCCCCAGCACCUACCAGUCAGGAGCGGAGGCCCGCUUCCUCAUCAGGGUCUUCUCCUCCUCUACCUCGUCCGUCAGUGCCCUGAAGAGGCCGGCACCUCCCCUGCCAUUGCCUACGGACGGAGAGUGGGAGACCAAUCACUUCCGGGGCUCGUGGGUGGAGGGAAGGUCCGCCGGAGGAAGCAGGAACUUCCCCUCCCACGCGCAGAACCCCCGCUUCCCAUUUACCGUUUGUGACGAGCCAAUUUUGCCGGGCCUCAACGUCAAGGUGAAUCUAUCCCAGAGCCGCAGCCAAAGCGAUCUGCUCCCCAUCGGCUUCCAUAUUUAUAAGAUACCAGCCAGGAAGCAAAGUCUUUCCAUCGCCGGCGAGGACCCCGUUGCCAGUUGCGUUCCCCACUGCUACACUCAGGAUGUCAGCUUGUCCUGCACUCUUCCACUUGGAGCUUACCUCAUCGUACCGUCCACGUACCAGCCCAACUGCGCCGCAGACUUCACCAUCAGCCUUGCGCGACCAAUACACAGGAGAGUCGUGAAAAGUCAAGAGAAGUUGGGAAGAGCCAUUCAGGAGGUGUCUCACAUCUCUAUGAUGCAAAGCUCGCCUUUAGCCUCGUCUUCGCUGCUUCACUGAGGUCGGCCGUAUGAUGAAAGGACUCCCCACUGAUAUGAAUGCGUGUGCACAUGUGCACUGUGACUCAGUGGGAAUGUGCGAGUUGAGGGGGGGGGGGCGCUCCCCUUCAUACCAAAAUGCUCAGGCUCAAUGCCAAUAGGCGGCAAGGCACUCAUUGGCCAUUAGGACAUCAGAGGGGUU